CUUUGUAAGCACUGCGCUUUUUGUUUUCCGUCUGCAUUUUCUGUCUACAGACGGCAUCCGUAGAUCGCGGGAAAGUUGAACAGGAAUUAACACGGGGAAAAAACACCCUUGUUUACAAAUCAUUAAAUAUUAGUGCCUAAAAUCUGAAUCGUAAUGGCAGACACAGAAGAACAGAGGAAUUUUACUCAGACUCAGAGGCUGAAGGCUGCCGUCCACUACACUACUGGCCUCUUCUGCCAAGAAGUGGCAGAACACAAAGAGGUGGAGUUCAGCAAGCAAACCAUAGCAGCCAUUGCGGAAACUACAUUUAGACAGUGUGAGAUUUUUGCCAGAGACCUUGAAGCAUUUGCAAGGCAUGCAAAGAGAACCACAGUAAAUGCUGAAGAUGUGAAACUCACUGCCAGGAGAAGCAACGCGUUGUUCAGUUUUAUCACACAAAGGAGCGAGGAACUGGUUUCCAAUAACCAAGAACAGAAGGAGAAAAGAAAGAAGGCUGGCGGGAAAGCGAAAAAAAAGAGUGAUGCUCCAUUGCAGUCUGGAAUGGAUGAAGACGAGGACUCCAACAUGGCUUAAAACCUCUCUGCUAAAGCCCCAUUGUCAAUUCUGUACAUCUAUACAGUAAUACCCAACACAAUGGGUAGUGUCUGCAUUAUAACUAUCAUCAGCUAUCGAUGAGCCCAAAUGUUCCAGCAUUUAUCUCAUGUCAUCUGCAGAGGGUAGCAUUGACAUUAUAAACUGAAAAUAUAAAGAUAACAUAACAUGUAUUUGAUAACAUUAGGGUGAUUGAAAGCAACCUUAUUAUUUCAAGAUUCUAAGCUUGGUAGAGUGUCUUUGUGAUAAAAUGAGAGCUGAACACAUAAUCUGACAUUUAACAAACAUUUUGCUUAUUAAUUCAUUAAUGCAGACAGUACUGAGCAUCUGUUUUCCCACGGACAAAUAUGUAAUGUCAACUUCAGAACGAAAAGAAAGUUGGAAUUACAGAAUUGGAAAAAUAUUUGCACCGCACUUACCAUAUUGUAAAUAAUUGUUUUUCAUUAUGUAUUUUUUGUUAAUAAAUGUAAAAUAUUA